CUCAGUGUUUGAGUGUCUGAAGCCGUUGGCUGCUGCUCACCCGUUUGGCUCUUUCUCUACGAGCAAACAGCCUUACAAUGUUCCUCAAUCCCUCCUAAAAUACUUUAUUUUUUAGCUUUUAUAAAAGAGCAAUGACUACAUACACACAACACGGCGAUUACAUGGGAAUUUAACUGUCAGACCACCAUCGUCAACUCGCUUUAUAACACGUUAUUGGCAGCGCAUUUUUAAAAUAUAUCAGAGGAAACUCCACACUGCACAGCAGCGAGAAACCAGCCCUGUGUGAUCUGGAUAAUAACGGCUGGGUCUCUCAGAGGGACUGGGCGGUCCUGCCUCACUGUCCACCAGCUUCUGAGCAGCGCCUGGUCACAUGGUGUUCAGGCAGUGGGCCGGUGCUCCUGUAGACCCCUGGGUGUGUGGAAUUCAGAGUUAAUACUGUGGUCCGUGUCCUGUGUGCUGAACUCAUGGUGUAAACGGGAGUAAAGAUGAGCAUAAGCAGUGAUGAAGUCAACUUCCUGGUGUACAGAUACCUGCAGGAAUCAGGCUUUUCUCACUCAGCCUUCACGUUCGGCAUUGAGAGCCACAUCAGCCAGUCCAACAUCAACGGUGCUCUGGUGCCCCCUGCUGCCCUCAUCUCCAUCAUCCAGAAGGGCCUGCAGUAUGUGGAGGCUGAGGUUAGCAUCAACGAGGACGGCACGUUGUUUGACGGGCGGCCGAUCGAGUCUCUGUCUCUGAUUGACGCGGUGAUGCCGGACGUGGUGCAGACCCGGCAGCAGGCCUAUCGGGACAAACUGGCCCAGCAGGCCGCCCAAGCCCCGCCCCCCUCCGCUGCCCUGCCGCCCAGCGCCAAGAACGGCGACAACACCGCCAACGGGGAGGAGAACGGAGCCCACAGCCUCGCCAAUAACCAUACGGAGCUGAUGGAGGUGGAUGGCGAUGUGGAGAUCCCCCCGAGUAAGGCCAUGGUUCUGAGGGGCCAUGAGUCAGAGGUGUUCAUCUGCGCCUGGAACCCCGUCAGCGACCUGCUGGCCUCAGGCUCGGGCGACUCGACGGCUCGUAUCUGGAACCUGAGUGAGAACAGCACUGGCAGCUCCACCCAGCUGGUUCUGAGGCACUGCAUCCGCGAGGGGGGGCAGGAUGUGCCCAGCAACAAGGACGUCACCUCGCUGGACUGGAACAGUGAAGGUACGCUGCUAGCCACCGGCUCUUAUGACGGCUUUGCCAGAAUAUGGACUAAAGACGGUAAUCUGGCCAGUACUCUAGGUCAGCACAAAGGGCCUAUUUUUGCUUUGAAGUGGAAUAAAAAAGGAAAUUUCAUUCUCAGCGCGGGAGUCGAUAAGACCACAAUCAUAUGGGACGCCCACACAGGAGAGGCCAAACAGCAGUUCCCCUUUCACUCAGCCCCUGCUCUGGAUGUGGACUGGCAGAGUAACAGCACGUUUGCGUCCUGCAGCACAGACAUGUGCAUCCACGUGUGUAAACUGGGGCAGGACCGGCCCGUCAAAACCUUCCAGGGCCACACGAAUGAAGUGAACGCAAUCAAGUGGGAUCCUACCGGGAACCUGCUGGCCUCCUGCUCAGACGACAUGACGCUGAAGAUCUGGAGUAUGAAGCAGGACAGCUGUGUCCACGACCUGCAAGCGCACAGUAAGGAGAUCUACACCAUCAAGUGGAGUCCCACGGGGCCUGGAACCAGCAACCCCAGCGCUGGCCUGCUGCUGGCCAGUGCGUCGUUUGACUCGACGGUGCGCUUGUGGGAUGUGGAUCGGGGCGUGUGCAUCCACACUCUCACCAAGCACCAGGAGCCCGUGUACAGCGUGGCCUUCAGCCCUGACGGCCGGUACCUGGCCAGCGGAUCCUUCGACAAGUGCGUCCACAUCUGGAACACACAGACGGGGGCUCUAGUCCACAGCUACAGAGGCACGGGCGGAAUCUUUGAAGUUUGCUGGAACGCAGCGGGAGAUAAAGUGGGAGCGAGCGCAUCAGAUGGAUCUGUGUGUGUGUUGGACCUGCGGAAAUAGCCCUGCGUGUUGAAGCCAUGGACCGACUAUGAAUGUGUACAUAGCCAAAAUGACUGUCCCCGCCCCAAACGGCCACUGCAGCCAAUCAGGGCCUCUCAAGGACAAGGGCACGCCCCCUCAGCCGUAGGCUCCGGCCGCACCAGGGACGAUGGAGAAAGACGGGGAGAGAAAGUGGACCCAACAUUAUGUACCAUUUUGGAAAUAUAUUUUCUGUUUUGUUCUUCAAAACCAGUCUCAAUAAAAAAAAAAAAAAGAAAA